CACUAAUAUUCAAUAAAAUAAACCCGUACCUCAGCAUGAUAUCAUUGAGAAGAAGUAAAAAUGGAAAAUAAAGAGAGGAGGGAGAGUGUUGUUGAGAGUUCAAUUUUGCUGUCCACCACCACCUGGCAGAGGCAGACCAUUCCAAUGGCUUCACAGUUUUAGCCUUUAGGCCUUCAAAGAUUCACUUAUUUUAUUCCCUGGCACAACCACCAAGUACAUGAGUUUUUCUCAAAGAAGAAAAGCACAUAGCACAAGAGAAGCACCAUUAUUAAUGUCAGAGCAGGAAACCGAUUCAUGGGGCUUCCUGUUUGUCUGUUUCUUGAUCCUUUUCUCAGGUAAAUUAGUUGCUGGGGAUUCUUUUAAUUCAUUGGACUCGGACAAACAAGUUUUGCUGAAGCUGAAAACGUACUUGCAAACCCAAACUCGUGCAAAUAGAGGAGGCUACACCAGCUGGAACAAGAACAGUUCAAACCCUUGUGUGUGGUCAGGAAUCAGGUGCGGGUUCUUCAACAACACAGCACGGAGGGUUGUGAAAGUAGACAUCUCUGCCAGUGACAUAUAUGGUAACAUAUUCCCCAACUUUUCUCAGCUCACUGAGCUCACACACCUUGACAUCUCUUGGAACUCUCUCUCUGGGGUCAUUCCUGAGGACUUGAGGAGGAGCCACAAGCUUGUGUAUCUUAACCUCUCUCAUAAUACUCUUGAGGGGGAGUUGAAUUUGAAGGGCUUGGCACAGUUGCAGACACUGGACUUGUCUGUUAACAGGUUUGUUGGGGGACUUGGGGUGAGUUUUCCUGCCAUUUGUGAGAACUUGGUGACUUUGAAUAUUUCAGACAAUCACUUGAGUGGUGAGGUUGGUGGUUUCUUUGACCAAUGCUUGAGGCUGCAGUAUUUGGAUUUGAGCACCAACCAUCUUAGUGGGGCCCUAUGGAGUGGGUUUUCCAGGCUGAGGGAGUUUUCAGUGUCAGAGAAUUUUCUCCAUGGGGUUGUUUCUCCUCAGGCUUUUCCAAGGAACUGUAGCCUUGAAAAACUGGAUCUUUCGGUGAAUGAAUUUGUUGGUGAGGCCCCCAAGGAGGUUGCUAACUGCAAGAAUUUGGUGGUUCUUAACCUCUCUAGUAACAAGUUCAGUGGAGAUGUUCCAAGUGAAAUUGGUUCCAUUUCUGUUCUUGAGUCAUUGUUCUUGGGGAACAACACUUUCUCAAGGGAUAUCCCAGAGGCCCUUUUGAACUUGACCAAUUUGUUCAUCUUGGAUUUGAGCAGAAACGGAUUUGGUGGGGAGGUGCAGAAGAUUUUUGGGAAAUUCAAGCAAGUCAAGUUUCUUCUGCUGCACUCAAAUUCCUACACUGGAGGGUUGAACACAUCAGGCAUUUUCACUUUGACCAACCUUAGCCGCUUGGAAUUGAGUUCCAAUAACUUUUCAGGUCCAUUACCUGUUGAAAUCUCACACAUGUCUCGACUCACUUUCUUAACCUUAACCAACAACCAGUUCACUGGACCUGUUCCAUCUGAAUUGGGAAAGUUGACUUACCUUGUGGCACUUGAACUUGCCUUCAACAAUUUCAGUGGCUCAAUUCCACCGAGCCUUGGAAAUUUGACUUCUCUCUUGUGGUUAAACCUUGCAAAUAAUUCAUUAACAGGAGAAAUCCCACUAGAGUUGGGAAACUGCUCAAGCUUGUUGUGGUUGAACCUUGCAAACAACAAACUCUCUGGAAAAUUUCCUCCUGAGCUAACAAGAAUUGGUAGGGAUGCAACGGCCACAUUUGAAUCAAAUAAAAAAAGCAUAGGCCAAGUUGUUGCUGGCAAUAGUGAAUGCUCAUCAAUGAAGAGAUGGAUACCUGCUGAUUACCCUCCAUUCAGCUUUGUGAAUACCAUCCUAACAAGGAAGAAUUGUAGGGCCCUUUGGAACAGGUUGCUCAAAGGAUAUGGUAUUUUCCCCACUUGUGAAUCUGAGCCCUCUUCUAGAUCAUCACACAUAUCAGGGUAUGUUCAGCUAACUGGUAACCAGUUGAGUGGUGAUAUUCCUUCAGAAAUUGCGACCAUGGUGAACUUCAGCAUGUUGCAUUUGGGGGAUAACAAGUUCACUGGGAAAUUCCCUCCGCAGAUGGUAACUUUGCCACUUGUAGUCUUGAACAUGACUAGAAACAAUUUUUCUGGUGAAAUUCCAAAUGAAAUUGGCAGCAUGAAGUGCCUAGAGAAUCUUGAUUUGUCUUGGAACAAUUUCUCUGGAGCAUUUCCUAUAAGUUUGGCACACUUGGAUGCGCUUAGCAGGUUCAACAUAUCAUACAAUCCCCUCAUAUCAGGUAUAGUCCCACCAGCUGGACACUUACUCACUUUUGACAAGGACUCAUAUUUGGGUGACCCUCACUUGAACCUCCCUGAGUUCUUAAACUCAUCUGGCGACAGAAAUAGCACUCUACACAUAGUCUUGAAAAAUCCCACAAAAUGGUCUUUGAUUUUGGCUGUAGCCCUGGCUGUCAUUGUCUUUGGACUUCUUUUCCUUGUAAUAUGUUUCUUGGUGAAAAGUCCAUCAGUGGAACAAAGAUACCUCAUGAAGAACACAAAGAAGCAAGCACAUGACUCAGGAAGCUCAGGAUCCUCAACAUGGUAUUCCGACACUGUUAAGAUAUUCCACCUGAACAAGACAGUUUUCACACACGCAGACAUCUUGGAAGCAACCUCCAACUUCACAGAGGAGAGAGUGAUAGGAAGGGGUGGCUAUGGAACAGUGUAUAGAGGGAUGUUUCCAGAUGGGAGAGAAGUGGCAGUGAAGAAGCUACAAAGGGAAGGAACUGAGGGGGAGAAAGAAUUCAGAGCUGAAAUGAAGGUUCUCAGUGGUCAAGGCUUUAACUGGCCUCAUCCAAACCUUGUCACACUCUAUGGCUGGUGCCUCUAUGGUUCACAGAAAGUACUUGUUUAUGAGUACAUAGGAGGUGGAAGCUUGGAGGAAGUUGUGACAGACACAAAAAGGUUGACAUGUAGAAGGCGCAUAGAAGUGGCAAUUGAUGUUGCUAGAGCACUAGUCUUUCUACACCAUGAGUGUUACCCUGCUAUUGUGCACAGAGAUGUGAAAGCUAGUAAUGUGUUGCUAGACAAGGAUGGAAAGGCCAAGGUAACAGACUUUGGACUUGCUAGGAUUGUUGAUGUUGGAGAUAGUCAUGUGAGUACUGUAGUGGCUGGCACAGUGGGGUAUGUGGCACCAGAAUAUGGACAAACAUGGCAAGCCACCACAAAAGGGGAUGUGUAUAGUUUUGGGGUGUUGGCUAUGGAGCUAGCAACUGGGAGAAGAGCAGUGGAUGGAGGGGAAGAGUGUUUGGUGGAGUGGACUAGGCGUGUUAUGAUGGAUUCUGAGAGACAAGGGUUAGCUCAAUCUCAAUCUUUGCCAGUGUUGUUGAAGGGUUCAAAGGAGAUGGGGGAGUUGCUCCAUGUUGGAGUGAAGUGCACACAUGAUGCACCACAGGCUAGGCCUAACAUGAAGGAGGUUCUAGCUAUGCUCAUUAAGAUAUACAAUCCCGUUGGGGACUCAAAUUAUGGCCACCUUGUCUAGUCUUUUUGGAUUUUGGAAAAAAAAAUGGGCAUACUGCAUAGUGUAAGUUGCAAUACAGUCUACAAUUACAUAGGAAAAACAUGUCAUACACAGUUGAUUCUUCUCAUGUAAAGAUAGAAACUCGUCAUUCAUGUAUAAGAAGUUGCUCAAUUUUGUUCUGUUACCAUUGUGACUUUACAUUUGUUUAACACCUUUUGAAGAAUAACUAGCACCUCUGUUCAAUUUGUCUUGAUCAUUGGUGGCAGGGUAAAAAAGUUUCUUUCUCCAAUCCGUCCAGAAGAUCUCUAUCUUAUUCUUUAAACAAAGAUAACAGGGAAUAAAUUCUUAGAAUUA